AUGCCAGAAACUGUCGGAAAUUGUGGUGAGAGAAUUGAAGAGAUAGGUUGUGAAGAAGACAUGAUCAGUGCUUUACCCGACGAUUUACUUCUGAGCAUUCUGAUACGUCUCCCGAUUAAAGAUGCAGUAGCCACAAUGUUUUUGUCUAAACGAUGGCUUUAUACAUGGACGAUGAUGCAUGCACUUGACUACGAAGAAAACAAUGAUGAUGAGAGCAAGAAGAGCGUUUGGUUUUUUCUUGAAAAGUCAUUGCAACUCAACAAAGCACCAGUCUUACAAUUGUUUUCAAUAGAACUCGGUCCACGAUGUCCGAGUGAUGCUGAUGUCGGAAAGUAUGUAGCAAAGGCUGUUGAUCGCGGCGUGAUUGUUCUAAACCUUUGUCUUCUCUUGUCAGGAGAGCCAACUAGCUUGCCCAUGACACUUUACUCUUGUGUGUCUCUCAAGGUACUGACUCUCUGCGACAAGAUUCUCGUGGAUGUUCCCUCCACGGCCUGCCUCCCAUUACUUGAAAUUCUCAACCUAAGCCUAGUGGUUUAUAAAAAUGAGGAUUCUCUCAUUAGGUUGUUAUCAAGCUGCCCUGUUCUCAUGAAUCUGUUGGUGAACCGGAACAAAGUUGACAAUGUGAGAAAGUUCACUGUGAAAGUUCCUUCUUUGUUGGAGUUGAUUUAUACUAACAACUACCCAUCUCGCGAUGAUAGUAGUACUGCAGGCGGGUGCUUGGUUGUUGAUACUCCUGUAUUAAACGAGUUUUAUUACACUGAUUAUUCAGGAGACUCUUGCUUCAUUGAGAAUGCGCCUUGUUUCGACGAAGUUAGUAUUGAUUUUGAUAAUGUUAUUCAGUCUUUCCCUGACAUCGACAAGUUCUUAAAGUCUUUUUCAAGACUCUUGUUUCUUGAGCUGGCCCUGACCGACGCAAUGAUGAUGUCUUGGAGAACAAUCAAAUUUUCUCGACUGAGAAAGUGUAAGAUACAUCCGUAUGCCUCAGACUGGAUGGAUUCACUUUUGUGUUUCCUUCACAAUACUCCGAAACUAACGUCUCUUAUAGUUUGUUAUAAUUUAACCGAUGAACCGCGCAAUGCAUCUACUUCGUGGAGCGAAUCGAGAUCUGAUCCGGAAUGCUUGUCAUCAGUGUUGAAGUAUCUUAGGUUGAGAAACUAUACGGGAAGAGAAGAAGAGAAAGAAUUGGUGGAAUACAUCCUAAGUACUUCUAAAUGUUUGAAAACCGCAACAAUCUCCUUUAGAUCAUUGCCAAAGUUCGAACUUGAAGACAAAGCCACAAUGAUGGAGGAGUUGAAAGCUAUUCCUAGGGUUUCAAAAACAUCUCAGCUUUUGUUCAAAACCUAG